CCACGCCGCAGGCACACGGCACUUACUGGUAAACCUGUCGGGCCGACGGAGACGUUCCCAGAAGUUACUUACACUCCUCAUCUCACCCGGGCUGUUGACACCUCGCCCCGGCCCGCCCCGCGCAGAGGCGCAGCGAAACAGUUCCGUGGGUUUUACAGAGGAGCUCAGAUGACACAUUUACUCUUCGAUGUGAUCUAAUGAUAAAAUCAGAAGUUGGCUUGGGAAUAUCCAUGAAAAGAAAUGAAAGGAACUGGUUACUUUGCUUGAGAAGUACUAGAACAGUGGAGGGUUUUUCAGGAAUGUUUCAAUGCAUCCGACAUUCAGCGCUGUUAGGAUGCUCUCCCGGUGGCAGGAGAGUGGCUUCAGAGUGAUGGACUUAACUGGAAACAGUGACUGUUCCGUGGGCCUUUGGUUAUCUAGUAUAACAGCUCUUUGUUGAUAUUGUGGUUUAUCCUCAUAGAUUUAAUUAAGACACUGUUCAGUUGACCUUUGGUUUCCUAGUAUGAUGAUAAUAAUUUUUAUAACUUAUUGCCAGAAAACAGUUUUCCAAGAUAAAUUAUUCCCCCUUUUACCCACGUGCUGCUUUCCUGUGUUUCAGAUCGACGUGCAACUCUAUAUUUUGUCAUUUCUUUCGCCUCACGAUCUGUGUCAGUUGGGAAGUACAAGUCACUAUUGGAAUGAAACUGUACGAGAUCCGAUUCUGUGGAGGUAUUUUCUGCUGCGGGAUCUUCCUUCUUGGUCUUCUGUGGACUGGAAAUCUCUUCCAGAUCUAGACAUCUUAAAAAAGCCUGUAUCUCAAGUCACUGACGGUGCAUUUUUUGACUACAUGGCAGUCUAUAAAAUGUGCUGUCCACAUACAAGAAGAUCCUCGAAAUCUAGCCGUCCUAUGUAUGGAGCAGUGACCUCAUUUUUACACUCAUUGAUUAUUCAGAAUGAACCACGGUUUGCUAUGUUUGGACCAGGUUUAGAAGAACUGAAUACAUCGCUGGUGUUGAGCUUGAUGUCUUCUGAGGAACUUUGCCCAACAGCUGGUUUGCCUCACAGGCAAAUUGACGGUAUUGGAUCAGGAGUUAGUUUUCAGUUGAGCAACCAGCAUAAGUUCAACAUCCUGAUACUAUAUUCAACUACCAGAAAAGAAAGAGAUAGAGCAAGAGAAGAGCAUACAAGUGCAGUUAACAAGAUGUUCAGUCUCCAGAAUGAAGGGGAUGAUCACCAGGGAAGCCGAUACAGUGUAAUUCCACAGAUUCAGAAGGUGUGUGAAGUUGUUGAUGGGUUCAUCUAUGUUGCAAAUGCUGAAGCUCAGAAAAGACAUGAAUGGCAGGAUGAAUUUUCUCGUAUCAUGGCAAUGACAGAUCCAGCUUUUGGAUCUUCAGGAAGACCGAUGCUGGUUUUAUCUUGUAUUUCUCAAGCAAACGUGAAAAGAAUGCCCUGUUUUUAUUUGGCACAUGAGCUGCGUCUGAAUCAUCUAAACCACCCGUGGAUGGUCCAAGAUACUGAGGCUGAGACGCUGACGGGCUUUAUGAACGGCAUUCAGUGGAUUCUUGAAGAAGUGGAAUCCAAGCAUGCAAGAUGACCCCUCUUCCAGACCCUGGGAACUGAGACCAUAUGAAACUUGCAACUGAGGUCACAAUGUGAAUGUUUGCUCAGUCCGCUCACUUUGUCCUGCCCUUUUGCAGGUGGCCUUUAUACUGGACAGCUGUAGCUGCUGUGUGUUUAAUAUUACUUUUGCUUUUUACCUUAAAUCAAUUACAAGAAAAAGUUUCAGUGCAAGCACUUAACCCCAAAAUGAACCUUUGAAGAUUUUUUUGGUAAUUUUUGUAUUUUCUGUCUUUUUAAAAAUAUUAAAUUCUGG